CUAAAUUCUCAAGAUCAGUGACAGAGAAAGUCUUUGAGUGUAAUUCAGAAAGAAAAUAAAUGUUUUUCCUAUUGUUUUAGACACACUUAAAAGUGGCAAAAUAUUGCCAAACAAAACAAACCGUUUAAUGUGUCGUUGGGUGAGGUGACGCACGCGACGAGAAAAGUUACGUUAGUAUUGGAAUUAAAGAUGAUACUGGAAUAACUUUGCUUGCAUAAACACAUCCACGUAUGUAAAAUAUUCUCCUCAAGUUUAAACAUGUAUCCUGAAGAGAAACACAAAGUCUUUCCUUUCAUCACACACCAUUAAUCAAACAAAAACAAACAAACAUUGAUUUACAAAUUCACCUUGAAUUAAAUUUGAAUCCUCGCCAAUGAAGCGAAGCGAUUCUUGCGUCCUCCUUUUGAUUUUGUUAUCCUGAACUUCGAGCAGUUACCCACAAAAACAUCAGUUUGAUUUUUUACCUGAAAGACUUCGUGUAUUUCCGUGAAUGUUCGGCCAUUUCCGUGGAUGCUCGAGCUCCCGUGUGUGUGUUGAUGUGAAUAACCGAUCACCGGCCUCGUCUGUCAGUCAGCGGUGAGCAUGGCGGCGGUGUCGCUCCGUCGGUUCUUUUCUCUCGUCAGUUCGGUUCGUCGUUCUGGGCUCGUGUGCACUCAAUACCGAACCGCUGUCUGCUCCAGCAGCGGCGCCAUUCUGCCCAAACCCAGAAAAACUUCUUUCGGGUUGAUGCGGAUCAUGAUGGUUGUAGCUCCAUUUCUGUACGUGGGGACUCAGAUCAGUAAGAACUUUGCAGCUUUACUGGAAGAACAUGAUAUAUUUGUGCCUGAAGAUGAUGAUGACGAUGAUUGAUCACAGAUGCUGUUCCGAUCUUUCGGCUGCUGGAUUCUUAUAUUUGAUCUGAAUAAAAUCAAACACUGGGCUGAUUCAACAGAAGAAAACCCAACGCUGUCUACACGUGUUUACAACAUCAGACACCAAUCCAUGAACAAUUUCCAGAUGUGCAUUCUUCCCAAGCGGCUUUACAGAGGACAGUCAUACAGGAAUAUUUAUAAUGAUAUUAAUUUUACAUUAAAAAUUAUAUACAGC